AUGGGUCUUUUAGCUCUAGGAACGGCCUUGGAUUGGCCAGACGCCAAAAAGGCCGCGAACCAGGUCCGAGAAUGGGGCAUCGAGCAACUGCUCGCAAUAUGGCGCAAGGCCAAGGGUAAAGAGCGUGAUGCCCUCCUUUGGGGUGACGAGGUCGAGUACCUCGUUGUCGCAAUCGAUGAAGAACAUCAAAAGGUUCGGUUGUCGCUUUGCCAGGCCGAUGUCCUAAAAUCUUUAGCGAGGGACGAGGCGUUGUCGAAGAAAGAUGUCGUCGUACCUGAUUUACAAGAUGGCGUUGUUCGAAGCGGCGCACUUCCGACCUUCCAUCCGGAGUUUGGUCGCUUCAUGCUCGAAGCUACCCCUGGGAAGCCAUGGGGUAUCGAUUUCAAGGAUCUACUCGACGUCGAGCCCGACAUGAGACUUCGGCGCGAAAUCGCCACCAACCACAUGGAAUCUAAUGAAUUCCCUAUCACAUUAACGACCUUCCCUCGCCUGGGACUACCCGACUCUAUCAAGCCGGAUUACCCCCCUUCCGGCCCAGCCUUGAGAUCACAAUUCGUCCCGGACGAGAUCGCCAAUCCGCACAUUCGGUUCCCAACAUUGGCUGCCAACAUUCGGUCACGGAGGGGGAGGAAAGUAGAACUCAACGUCCCGGUCUUCAAGGAUAAAAAUACGCCGUCUCCUUUCAACGAUCCAACGGUCAACUACGACCUGCAUAAAUGGCCCGAAGACGACGAUGUGCGCAACGGCGCUGUCAAGCCGGACUGUGUCUACAUGGAUGCCAUGGCUUUUGGCAUGGGUAGCUGCUGCUUGCAGAUUACGUUUCAAGCGAAGAAUAUCCGUGAAGGCCGGACCCUUUACGAUCAGCUCUCCCCGCUCGGUCCGAUCAUGUUGGCGUUGACCGCUGCCACGCCGAUUUACAAAGGUUUCCUGGUUGACACGGACGUCCGAUGGAACCAAAUCUCUCGAGCGGUCGACGACCGCACCGCUGAAGAACUCGGCGAGGUGCCCCUGAAAAACGAUCGGUGGCGAAUACCCAAGUCCCGAUAUGCCAGCAAUAGCACAUACAUCGCACAAGAUCCCCGCCUGCGGCCCGAAUACAUGGACCCUGACCUGGUUGUCAACGAAGAACUUAAACAGAAGCUACUCGAUGGAGGCAUGGACGACCUUCUCGCCACGCACUUCGCGCACCUCUUCAUCCGCGACCCCAUCGUCAUUUUCUCCGAAGACCUAAAGGCCCUCGACCCGGAGGGUUCGAACCAUUUCGAAAACAUCCAGAGCACGAACUGGCAGCACAUGCGGUUCAAGCCCCCUCCUCCAGAGGCGGACAUCGGCUGGCGCGUCGAGUUCCGAAGCAUGGAGAUCCAAAUCACAGACUUUGAGAACGCGGCGUUUGCCAUCUUCAUAGUCCUCGUCACUCGCGCCAUUUUGAGCUUCGACCUCAACCUGUACAUCCCGAUCGCGCGGACAACGGAGAAUAUGGAGACUGCGCACAUCCGGGAUGCGGUCAUGAAGGAGAAAUUUUGGUUCAGAAAGGAUCCGUUCCCCGGGAAGAGCCCGAAACAGUCGCCUGUAUUGAAUGGGAUCAGCGGCGAGCCUGCGUCAAGCGGGGACUCAACGCCGCAACAACAAGCACAACAACAGCAGCAGCAGCAGAACCCGAACAGGUCAGGAUACCAUGCGCAAGCAUCAACAGCAGAGUCUGGUGCUGAAUCGGCAUUCGGCCCCGUCGAGGAUGAGUACACGCUGAUGAGCAUCAACGAGGUCAUUAACGGCAGCGGCGACGGAGGAUUCCCCGGCCUGAUCCCGCUGGUCGAGUCGUACCUGGACAGCGUCAACAUCGACGUCGACACCCGCUGCCACCUGGCCGUGUACUUGGACUUGAUCCGCAAACGCGCCAACGGCACGCUGUGGACCGCAUCCAAAUGGAUCCGCGAGUUUGUCCGCACCCACCCGUCCUACCGGGGCGACAGCGCCGUGGACGAGAAGAUCGUGUACGACCUCUUCGCCGCCGUGCGCGAUAUCGAAGAGACGCAGGAAGAGGGGAACCGGCGCAAGAAGGGAAAGGGGGGAAAGUUCGCCACGGGCUGGGAGAUGCUCUCGGCGAAGGAACGGGCUAGGGGCCUGGAUGAUUGA